UGGUGUCUGAGAUGCUGGUGGCUGGAGCUCGCCUCGGAGCCCGGCUCCGACUGCAGCCGGAGGCAGCCAGACGGCUACGUCGCAAUUACAGCCAGGACCAUGGCGGCACGGAAUCUCUCAAGAAGACGGCGCUAAAUGAAUUCCAUCGGAAUAAUGGAGCUCGGAUGGUGGAGUUUGCAGGGUGGAGUAUGCCUGUACAGUACAAGGACAGUCACAUCAGCUCUCACUUGCAUACCCGCCAGCGCUGCUCAUUAUUUGAUGUAUCCCACAUGUUGCAGAGCAAGGUGAUGGGGAAGGAUCGAGUGAAAUUCAUGGAAAGUUUGGUCGUUGGAGACAUUGCUGAGCUGAAGGACAACCAGGGUACACUGUCGCUCUUCACCAAUGAAACAGGAGGGAUAAAGGAUGAUCUGAUAGUGACUCGGACUUCAGAUGGAUAUCUGUAUAUCGUAUCGAAUGCGGGCUGUGCUGACAAGGACUCUGCCCACAUGAAGGAGAAGCUGGCCGAGUUCAAAGCCGCUGGGAAUGAUGCUGACCUGGAGUUUUUGGAGGCGGGAUUGAUAGCGCUGCAAGGUCCAUCUGCAGCAAGGGUGCUGCAGGAGGGUGUGUCUGAUGACCUUCAGAAACUGCCAUUCAUGUGGAGUGCCAUGAUGACUGUAUUUGGGGUGCCAGGCUGCAGGGUAACUCGUUGUGGCUACACUGGAGAGGACGGGGUGGAGGUGAGUUAA